ACUAAUUACCUAAACUUUAACUAAUUUGGCCUAAAAUUGCUACAUGGCAAAAUCUUAUGGCUCAAACAAGUUGGCCUUUUGUUAACCGACACUUUGAAAUUCCAAAAGAAGAACCGCUAGAACCGGAGCCCCGACAAUGGCGAGAAGCGGAAGACAAUCACCAUUACCGGCGACCACCGGAACAACAACAGCAACAAUAACCCUAACCCUAAACAACUCAUCGGAAUCCUCCUCCUCAUCGUCUGAACAGCUGCAGCAACAUCCAACAGAAACCCUAACUCUGAAACUGAAACCGAAGAAGAAGAGCGUUUCAUGGAAGCAAGGUACUGUGGACAACGAGUUCCUCAACAAGAGGAGCUCUAAGAUUUGCUGUAUAUUUCACAAGGAAAAGCCUUUUGAUGAGGAUGACAGCGAUGGCGAUGAAAAUGAAAAUCAAUCAGAUAAAAAAGAUCACCAUUGCUGUAAAUCGGAGGAUCGCGGUGAAGCCAGUACCAGCAAUUGCGAAGAUAAUUGAUCGCCUUUGGAUUUCCUGUACGUAUAUUUUGAAAUUUUCAAAUGUUAUCGAAAUUUUGCUUUGAAUGAAUUCUAAUUCAAUUUUUUUUUUUGGCAUCUAAUUCAAUGUUAAGGUUCUGUUGUGCGUA